AUGAGGAGUAUAGCCUUGCGGCUGCUCGCUCCGGCGGUCGUUGCUGCUGCUCUGCUUCAUGGUGAUGCUGCAUACUAUACGCAUGCAUCAGAGGAUACCGAAGCAGCAGCAGCAGUUGCUGCUGGUGGAGAUGAAGCAGAGCCAGCAACAGCAGCAGAUGCAGCAAGUGGAGCAACAGCAGCAGGAUCAACAGUAGCAGCAGCAGCAGCAGCAGCAACAGCAACAGAAACAGCAGCAGAAGAUAAAUCUAUACAAGAAACAACAGACACAACAGCCAAAGGAAUACUAGAAAAGCUGAAGCAGUUCCCCGGCCUCGGCGAGCAUGGAGCCGGGCUGCUGCAGCUAGCUGAGGAGGGGCUCGGUAUACAGGCCAGCAAGUGGGAGCUCAAGAAGAUGGUGCCGAUGCUCCUAGACCUACAAAAGAACGUUCAUGAACACUAUAUGCUUACGAAGGGAAACGGAAAGUACAAACCCUCUUCUUUGUUGACGCGGGUGGUGGGCCAGAAAUCAAGAAACCGGGUGAUCCGAUCGAUGAAAAAUUUCGCUCCAGAUACUGACGAUGGAGAAUUAAUUCAACAAUUAGAUAUUGUUACGCAACUUCUGCACGAGUUGCACACCAACCCAAAGAACAGCGUACAUGAAAUAAUGCAGACGGUUUCAAAUGCUGUUGGUUUUAAUUUAGAAGAUGAAGAUAUGAAGGAGUUGACGGGUCACAUGAAGUGGGCUCAUGACCUGAUGGAAAAGGUAUUUACUUUGUUGCCGUCGUCGCUUAAAGGUGGGAAAGCAGAAGAAUUGUGA